AAGGAGGGGCGGCCCCGCGCUGCCCGCCCCUUCCCGCUGCCGUCCCCUCAGUUCCGGCGAGGCGAGGCGGGCCGGGCCGCUGCGCCGGGGCUCUGCGCCUCAUCCUCGUCCUCCUCCUCCUCCUCGCUCCCUCACGCACCGGGCUGCCGCCGCCAUGAGCGAGGCAGAAGUGAACCCCAAAGCCUACCCGCUGGCGGACGCACAGCUCACCAAAACGCUGCUGGAUCUUGUGCAGCAGUCCUGCAACUAUAAGCAGCUUCGCAAGGGAGCCAAUGAAGCCACGAAAACGCUGAACCGAGGAAUAGCGGAGUUCAUUGUGAUGGCUGCUGACGCUGAGCCCUUGGAGAUCAUCCUGCACCUCCCUCUUCUCUGCGAGGACAAGAAUGUGCCUUACGUGUUCGUGCGCUCCAAGCAGGCCCUGGGCCGGGCUUGCGGUGUUUCCCGGCCCGUCAUCGCCUGUUCAAUCACCAUCAAGGAGGGAUCACAGCUAAAGCCCCAGAUCCAGUCUGUCCAGCAAGCUAUAGAAAGACUGUUGGUCUAAAUGCCUAUGAUUUCAAGUGUGUGUGGAAUGGGUAAAAGAUGAAGUCAGGGGGAAUUAUUGUCUAGCUUUAGUUGGUGAUGAUAGAGUUUUUAUACCAGUGUUCCAUUUCAAAACACCACCUUUUUGUUUAAUAGCGGCUUAAUUCUUAAAGUGUCUCUGCCUCUUCUUCCCCCUCUUUUCUCUUAUUCCACUCCAACAUCGUCCUUCUCAUUGUAAUACUUAUUGAAAAGUGGUUGUACAAUUGUAUUUACUGUUGGAUGUUCAAAAGAAAAAAAAAAUCCCUCCCCCUAUCUCCAUGUCUGCCUGCUCAGGGCUUUUUUAACCUGUUAGUUUCCUUUGUGUUAGAGUAUUUCUGCUAAGCUUCAGCCUCUAACAGGUGUGAGUGUCUUUGUGCUUCAGAAGGGUUUAGUCUACAGAGGACAAGGCGUGUUGGUUCCCCAGUACGAUGCAGGUAUUCGGGCUGCUGGAGUUGUUCUGAAGGAAGCAGCAUGGACCCUGUAUAAGGCAGUGGCUACUGUGUAGCAGCAGGUGGAGCCCAGAUCAGUACCCAUAGCACAACCACCUCUCUCCAGGCCAGACAACAGACUUCUGGAAAAGCUGUACGGGGAGCGGAAAUCUUACAGCAGUGCACAAGGGGAAAUGUCUUAAUUUCACUUAUUUUUAAAUACUGUCUUUUUAAGAAAAUAAAAGUGCUGACAAAGCUAAACACAGGAAUGUCCAUAAUUGUCGUUCCCUUGGGGAAGCAUUUGCCACUAACUGAAGCGUUCCUACUUGUAAAGCUAAAUUGCUCGGAGAUUGCCUAAAGGCUGCUGCAGUGUGGUAGUUCAUCCUCUGGUUUCCUUUGCAUGGAUUGUAUCGAUGACCUGCAAAGCUUGGGCUUCCUAGGAUUUUUAAGUACAAAAUGUGGUAGAGAGCAUCUUGCUGUGGCUGACAAGUACCAUACAUCUGGCAAAUCAUAAAAAGGAUCCCAUGCUUUGAGGGAUGCUACUGCACUAUGGUCAUCUAAGUAAAGAUCGAUGCUUUAAGUCAUGGCCGGAACAACAGAGCAAGUAAUUUUUCAGAUAAUACAACUCGUGGCUCAAGAAGAGAAUGAUAGGUGACCUCCUGAUCUGGAAAAGCGUGAAGCACCAUCAGCGUUUUGGAUUGGUGGUGGUUUUACAGUUAGCUGUAUUUAAAUUGUGUAAUAAAUCCAAUUCCUUGUCUGAGCAGAAGAGUAAACCUCCGUGUUGGAGCAGAUCACACCAAACACGUUUGCAGCAUGCCUGGACUUCUAACGGUUGGAAGUUUAUCCCCAGGCUUUUGGCUCCUUACGUGGCUACCUGGCUCAGUUGUGCUUCUCACCUUUCCAAAAUGGAAAGGAAAGCUAGAGUAGAAAGACUGAGUGGUACAACAACAGAAGGGAAAAUAAGUUCUGUAAUGUUUCCACAGAGGUACCAACUACAUACCUCUAUCAAGUACAUCCCAAGCAGAUGAAACCAUCUCACAAAGAGACUUAAAUCAUGUUUGUGUAUUUUUAUAAAUGGCUGAUAAAUUCACCUCAGCAAGGACGUUACUGUUGAGUCAAUACAAAGAUUUUGGAGUCCUAUUGUUUGUAGGAAUUUUAGAAAAGCUGCUGUUCCCUGAUGCUGAUUGUUGAGCUAGUUGUGCUUAAAAGCACAACUUUGCAAAGGACUUGCCCUCUCUGUACUGUGCCAAAACACCUGAUGUAAAACAAAGCACAUAAGGAGCAUAAAUAAAGGAUUCUUGAGCAAGCC